UUGAGGAAAAUAAAUAAGGAUGGAUCCUCGGCUCGCGUUCCUCCGCCUCACAGCGGACAGCGCUUCUUCCCUCCCCAUCCCUUGCUCAUUCCAGAACAGAAGACCAGGCGCAGCUGGUCACGUAGAGCUUAACUACUGGCCUCCCCGCAAUCGUGUCUCCAAAGCGCCUGAUCAUCUGCUCUUGUUCAUCCUCGGCAAUCCUGGAUUGCUGGGCUACUAUCCACACUUCCUCUCUCACCUCCAUUCGCUUCUCCCUGCCAGCCAUGCCAUCCUGGCAACAUCCCAUAUAGGCCACUCGACGAAGUUUCCCGGCCCUACAGUUCCUCUGUCUCUUUCCCAGCAAGUCACCAGUAAGAUAGAGCUUGUUGAGACUAUUCGAGACUAUCUCGAUGACUGGGCCCUAAAGGAAGGUCAGAACAGGCCUAAAUUCGGUCUAAUGGGCCAUUCUGUCGGGGCUUACAUGGCUUGUGAAGUAAUGAAGGAACUGAACACAGAAAAAACACGCCCUGUGCAUGCUGGAUAUCUGCUAUUUCCCACGCUCGGAUGGAUCGCUAACACCUGGAACGGAUGGACAUUAUGGCCUAUAUUUCAUCGCCCAAUCAAACCGAUUUUACCCUACCUUUCCCCGCUUUUACGUCCCCUCUUCUCACUCGUCAACCUUCCAGAGACAAGUCAAUCCCUCCUUCUUUCUCCCCCUGUACUCAAAGAUGUCCUAUCGUUAUCUUCCGAUGAAAUGCGCCAAAUAAAGGGACUUGAUACCGACUGGUUCAAGACGCAGGGCACAGAUCAAACAGAAGAACGUGAGGGGUUGUUUGGGGUCUGGACGGGGGGAAAUGGUGACGGUUGGGUUGGUAAAGACGGCCCGUUGGUCCAAGAGUGCUUAGGGGGCGAAAGUAGCGAAAGAGUAAAAAUCUUGGACGGGGUUCCUCACGCAUUCUGCCUUACGCGGGAGCACUCUGAGCUGGUUGCUAAAAUUGUGGCUGGAUGGAUCUGUCCUAAAGGGUUCCGACCAGAGACGCCUCUUAUACCUGCGGAGCAACCACAACAACCUUUAGGCUCCAACAUCGCUCCGAUGUAGAUUUGAUAAUGCUAUAUUAUAUUAGACUUGAUAAAAACUUUAUCAAUGCAUUGAUUCCGUCUCAAACGGAAGCACGCAGUCAACCCAACCACCACUUUCUGUUCCAUGCUGUUCCAUCUCCGCCUAGCUCGUUCGUCAUUGACCUCCAAUCUGCUAUGCCAGUCA